GGUGGGCGCGGGGGGCGCGGUGGGCGCGGGGGCCUUCCCCGCGGUCUCAGACACCUUGCACAGGAACGCUGUGCUCGUAGACUUCGAUUGUGAUGGAGUUGUGGAACAUAUCAAGGAGGUGCCCCUGGGCGAGCGCGCGUGGGUGGUGGCGCUAGGGGCGCCGGGCGCGGCGCUGGCGGCGGCGCGCGCGCUGCCGCUCACACUCUCCUCGCAGCUGCUGCUACUCGUGCAACACCCAACCGAGUGGCACGCAUAUGACAUUCACACUCGAUACUUCAAGAAGAACACCCCCUUGAACGUCACAUUCUACGGGUCGUAUUCCGAGGAGAACCUUCGCUUGGGGAGCGCGGCGCGCGCGGAGGACGCGGCGGUGGCCAGCCCGCCCUCGCUGCUGCUGGGCGCCGGGAACUACUCCCACGAUGAACUACAGGCCAAGUUUAACGAACUAGAAGCAAAUGUUAUGGCAGCGCUGGCGGCGGCGGCGGGGCGCGGGGCGCCGCGGCGGGCGGCGCUGCGCGGGCGCUGGCUCGUGCUGCUGCCGGGCACGCUGCUGCGCCGCCGCUACUCGCUGCACAACGCCACACUCGUCGGCACCUUUGUGAUCAACCAGAAGCCGCGGCAUCUGUCGGACGCGCGCUACAUGUACAGCGUUGCGGCGCGGCACCUGGACGCGCACCCGCGGUACACGCUGCUGGUCGUCACCUACAUGCAGGACAUGUUCCACUUCCAGUUGUCGAUAUUCCGGUCGGAGCAGUGGGCGGUGCUGCGCAACGGCUCGUGGUCGGGCGUGGCGGGCGCGCUGCGCGAGGGACGCGCGGACGUGGGGCUGGCCCCGAUGGCCGUGAAGGCCGUACGCCUGCAGGCGCUCGAGUUCGCCGGACUCGUGGCCGAGGUCGAACUGCCUACAGUGUUCCGGCAGCCGGAGGUGGCGGCGUCGCCGUCGCUGAGCGAAUUCACGUCGCCGCUGACGGGCGCCGCGUGGGCCGCCGCGCUGCCGCUCGCCGCCGCCGCCGUCGCGAUGCUCGCCCUCACUGCCACGCUUGAGACCAUCUAUCUUGGAAGCGCCGAUAACUACAGAGCCAACUUUGGAGAUAUGCUUCUUGACUUCGUUAAUAUAUUUUACUUAGAUGCGUCGUGGCGCGAGUGCGGGCUGUGGGCGGGGCGCGGCGCGGCGCUGGCGGCGGGCGUGCUGGGCCUGCUGCUCAUGCAGUUCUACUCGGCGUCGCUGCUGGGCGCCGUGCUGGCGCCGCCGCCGCGCCUCAUCGCCUCGCUGCAGGACCUGCUCCGCAGCGACCUCGCCUACAAGGUCGAGGACGUCGCCUACCAGCGGCAGUUCUUCAAGGAACACAUGGACAUUCCAGAAAUAGCUGCACUGUACAACACGAAGAUUUUAAAAGGACCUCUUCCCCCGUUUGUUGAUAAUGCAGUCGGGGUCAAGCAUCUUAUGGAGGGAAACUUUGCUUUUCAGUGCACGGGCACGUACCUGUGGCACGAGGCGGCGCGCUGGGACGACGCGCUGCUGUGCUCGCUGGACGAGCUGCGCGUUUUCCCGCGCAUGCAGCAGUACGUCUCUCAGUAG